AUGAAGUUCACCACACUCUGCGUCACCGCUCUGGGCUUUAUCGGCUUCGCCAUGAGCCAAGGCAGCGAGACCACCCUAACAACAAGGCCGUGCAACAACCCCAAGUACUGCACCACAGUACGCACUCCACCAGCCCGCUCCAACGCCUACACCUCCAAGGAAACCACCGACUCCACUGAGCUCACCCGCACCAUCACCGCGCACCGCCGCCAGCUCACCGUAGUCGAGUCCCACACCCGAGCCAGCGUCCACACCUCCAAGUCCAUCAAGACGCACAAGCCGCCCAAGCCUUCCAAGACUAAGACCUUCGGGGACUCCGAGAUCCCUAAGCCCUCCGAGGGUUUCGAUGAUUCGGUCAAGCCGACCCGGAUGAGCGUCACCGCUCAGCGUCGCCAGGCCCUGCCAACUACUGCGACUUGCACUGAAAUCACCUCUUGGGACUCCAAGACUUAUGCGACUGCGAUCUCUACGCAUAUUCAAUGCGGACCGGAUAAGUCUAAACCUACUUGCUCUACCUCGUACGAAUGUGGAUGUCAUUCUUCUGCUUUUACGCGGGACGAUAAUCCUGAUAUACAUUUUUGCUGGCCCAUGGCGACUAGCACUAUCUUCCCCCCGGACUACGGCGGUGGACGGUCUCAGAGGUGGGUCGCGAGGCAGGCGAACGCCACUCAUGCGCCUAGAGUCGCGUCUGAAGAUCUCGGAGGCCGGUCUCAGCGCCUAGUCGCUCGUCAGGCGUUACCGACAUCGACAUGUUCUCCGGGCCAUGUGGGAAGCGACUGCAGCGUUGUCGUCUCACCGCCAAAGCCUACGAAGUCUUGUCCGUCAGGUUGGGUUGGGCCUGACUGCCCUUUCGCAAGUCAUGUUUCAAGCACCCCGACGGCUACGGCUACCAGAGAUAUUUACGCUCGUCAAGAGGCUGAAGCGGGUGGGAAGCCAGUCUACGUUGUCACGGUCACCCACGUUAAGCGUGUAACCGCUCGUCAAGAAGCUGGACCGACUGAUUUAGUCGAGGUCAUGACGAACACGAACACUAAAGAAGCUGGACCUAUUGACCCAAUUGUAGUCAUCACUGUUACCAAAACCCAUGAUAUCAAUGAACGUCAAGAGGCUGAGCCGACGGACCCAGUCUACGUGGUCACGGUCACAGAUACUAUCGCUACCACCGCCCAUCAAGAAAACGAACCGACUGACCCAGUCUACGUCGUCACGGCCACCAACACCGACGCUGUCAAUCCAAGUCAAGAGGCUGAACCGAAUGAUCCAGUCUACGUCGUCACUGCCACUGAUACCACGGCCCAUCAAGAAGCUGAACCAACAAACCCAACGAACCCAGUCUACGUCGUCACCCUCACCAACACUCUCACCAACACCGUCGACAUCAAUGCCCGUCACAUCCCCGACGAAAUUUCUGCUUCCCUUCCUCCCGUGGUAACGGCAGCGGAUUAUGGCUGCCCACCGGGUACUUGCGGACCUGCUUGUCGUUCUGGUCACUACUGCAACAAACUGUUUGGGAGGGUGGAUGGUGUGGAGGAUGGUGUGGAGGAUGGUGUUUCAAAGGAGCCGUUGGCUUCGGAGGAACCUGUGCCUACGAGGGGGGGUUAG